UGCAGUAAAAUGAAUUCUUCCGGCGUAGCAGUCGAUGGCAGCGCAAUCAAUGCAAACACACAACGGAAAACGCACAGGCGAAACGAGUCGAUGUAUGCGAUGACCGGGCUUUACUCGGAAGCGCAAACCGACGACAGUAGCGCGGACAUUCCUCAGGACACGGAGUCGGAAUCGUUACCGAUGUCUAUGAACACUGCCACAACCACAACCACCUCGGCUACCGCAACAGUGGACACCACCGUCAUCAAGUGCCACAGUCGCCAGCCGUCGAGCAGUGUGAUGAUGGACAAACCGUUACCCAACAUUCUACUGAUCAACGACGACUAUACGCGGGAUUGUGGUAUCCUCAAUUGCCGGCCGUCGACGGUGCAGCAUUUUGCCAGGAUCAAGGUUUUCGUGCUGCUUCUCUCGAUCCUGGUUACACUCCAGCAGGCGCUUAGUUCUGGUUACAUUAACUCCGUGAUAACUACCAUCGAGAAGCGUUUCGAAAUUCCAUCGAGUCUGUCCGGUUUGAUAGCGUCGAGCUACGAGAUCGGCAAUGUCAUCACUGUCAUAUUCGUUAGCUAUCUCGGCAGUAGGCGACAUAUUCCGGUUUGGAUCGGCAUAGGAGCCGUUAUCAUGGGUAUCGGAUCACUCGUUUUCAUGGUGCCUCAUUUUACUGGCGAAGCAAACCCGGGUAUCAUGAUCGACAAUAAAACAUCCGACAACAUCUGCCGCAUCGUGUCGGUGCGCGAGCAGGACAUGGGACUGGGACGGCUAUCGAACAGUCUUUCAAAUCCUCCUCUUACUUCGCACAACUUAAGAGGAGACAACUGUUUGAAGAGCAAAGCAUCCACCUUCGGACCUGUGAUAUUAUUUGUGAUCGCGCAAAUAUUGCUCGGAGGUGGCGGAAGUCCACUCUUUACGCUAGGCACGACGUACGUGGACGAUCACGUUCGAAAAGAGAGUUCGUCUAUGUAUAUCGGUGCAAUGUACAGCAUGGCAGCCUUUGGACCUGUGCUUGGAUUUCUGCUCGGAGCGUAUCUCUUAUCCUUUCACAUGGAUUCGUUUUCCGGAAGUGACAUCAAUAUUGACCCCGAUGAUCGACGGUGGGUUGGUAUGUGGUGGGGCGGUUUCCUAGUGUGUGGAUUUCUGCUCAUCCUUGUGGCCAUACCGUUUUUCUCUUUCCCCAAGGUACUGACACGCGAGAAAAAGAAAAUUCGCAUUGCCGAACAACGGCUACCGCAAUUGCAGCAGUUAUCGUCGAAUAAUUCGAGUAGCUUACCACGUUCCCAACCGAACCUAUCGCAACCGCCAGGGAGUCUGCAGCAGCAACAGCAAAUUGGUCAACAUGCUCAGCACAACUCUAGCACCGUUCCAGCGGGAAACAAAUGUAGCGAGGACACCGGAUAUGGCAGAGAUAUAAAAGACAUUCCGCAGUCGAUGUGGCGCCUGGUAACGAAUCCUGUGUACAUCUGCACCUGCCUUGGUGCCUGCAUGGAGCUGAUGAUUGUUUCCGGUUUUGUGGUAUUCCUGCCAAAGUACCUGGAAACGCAGUUCAGCUUGGGCAAAAGCCAAGCGAGCGUUUUUACGGGGUCAAUUGCGGUACCCGGCGCUUGUAUCGGAAUCUUCGUCGGUGGUUGCAUCCUGAAACGCUUUCAGCUCAAGCCAAAGGGUGCAGUACAGUUUGUGCUGAUAUCGAAUCUCGUUUGCCUGUCGUGCUAUGGCUUGUUAUUCUUUCUGGGUUGCGAAAACCUAAAAAUGGCGGGCACUACAAUACCGUACUACAAUAACUCGCCCCAAAGCGUUGAACCCUUCCAGGUGAACUUGACGGCGGCAUGUAACUUUGGCUGCGAGUGUCACAUGUUCGACGUCGAGCCGGUCUGUGGCAACAACGGGCUUACUUAUUUCAGUCCGUGCCAUGCCGGCUGUACUGCGUUCUCAUCCAGUUCAAACUACACCAACUGUGCAUGCGUCCAAACGAAUGUAACAAACAUAUACAAGGGUGUGGAAGGAGCGCAGGCACAGGCUCUGAAUGCGCACGAAAAUUUUGCCGAAGUUACCGUAGUCCCGGUCGCAACCGCUGGUGUGUGCAACACACCGUGCAGAACGAUUUAUCCAUUUCUGAUUUUGUUGUUCUUUAUGACGUUCGUCGUGGCGUCUACGCAAAUGCCACUUUUGAUGAUUGUUCUAAGGUCUGUCUCGGAGGAAGAACGCUCCUUUGCUCUCGGCAUGCAGUUCGUGAUAUUUCGCCUUUUCGGCUACAUACCGGCGCCGAUCGUUUUCGGGAAUCUCAUCGACUCGUCCUGUUUGCUGUGGAAAUCAACAUGUGGCGAAAAGGGAGGGCGUUGUCUGAUGUAUGAUAUUGAAAAGUUUCGUUACAAGUACGUAGGGCUGUGUGCGUCAAUUAAAAUCAUUGCCUUGAUGAUAUUCAUCAUCGACUGGUGGCUAGUAAGGAGACGAAAAUGCUUGGACAAAAUGAACCCAAUGUCAGCAAAUGAGCUUGUCGGAUCGAUCAUAAGUUUGGAUAAAUUAUUUGAAGAAAAAUUACCCAUGGAAGACACCAGUGCGGCCGUCCCCUUCAAUGGGGAAUGCGUUUCCGGCGACACAUUGACGGACAACAGCAAGCGAGUCCUAAUCGCAAGCCGCCAUCAGCGUAAUGAUUCAAAGACAAUUCAAUUAGAAUAUAGGUAUGAUGAUGGUGGCACGCACCAGACAUACCGCCUGCCGCCGGUGCGCAAGCACUACCGCAGCAAUUCCUGUGAUAUAAAAAUUCAGCGUAGCAAUUCCGCCACUAACCGGGAGGUAGAUUUUCACGACUGGAAAUUGAAACGGUUCAUGCGCCGUCACACACGCAACAAUUCGCAUGACUACAAUAACGAUCUGCAUCGUCAUCAGCAACACUCAGUAGCGACUGGUUCUUCUGCACAGCUCGGUCGGUGGAUUGCGUUGCAAAAUAACAACGCCGGGAACGAGCAGCAUCAAACGGCCUUAUCAUCGGCAGCUCCCGCUGGUGCCAACAACAUUCGCUACAUCUUGAAUCACUUGAAGCAAGGUUCCGGAGCAGCACCGGAACAUGUAAAACUGGCCUACAGUAACAGUUGCAGCGGAGCUGGUGGUAGCGGAGUAACGAAGAAAAAGCGCCACACGCGCAACUAUUCGUACGGGCAAGAAUUUUCCUUCUUACCGAAUAACGUCAUUAUUCGACUCGAUAACGAUAUCGCUAAUAAGUUCCUAAGCUCGACGGGCGCUCCGGUUGGAGGUGGCGGUGUUGGUGGCGUGUCUUCUAGGAAAAGUUCCUUCUCGCAUGACGUGACGGCGGUGCUGAAAAAUAAUGCCGCACACGGGGCGAAGCUAAACAACAUCAAGCAACUCAACAACAACGAUCUUACGGAGGAGUUGGAAUCGAAGUACGGUAAGGGGCACUCGCGUACCAAUUCCAGAGAUUUAAAUCUUUUGAAUUUGGCACCACUCAACGCGGGCAGUAAUGUGGGUGCGAGCGCAGCGAACUUUGAGCCCAGCUGCGAACGAUCGGCAGGAGGAAUACUUGGCGGGAUUAAGUCGCUGAUCGAUGAGUCAAAUAGCAUUCUGAGGCAUCGUCGAACGAACUCAAAGGACUUGAAAUACUGUGGUUAUCAACCAUGCAGUGGUGAACCAAACGCUGCUUGUGCUGUUGGUGGUAAUGGUGGUAAAUGCCUAGUAAGGAAGCUUUCCUCGUCCGCUACUGGAGCGGCUGGGGAUACACACGAGGGAAUCGUGGGGCGAGCGUUAGCGGGAGCUACCGGUGUUUCUACUGUUCUGCCACCACCAGCGGCUUGCUGUCUCUUGACGUUGUCAGCUACAAGCUCUGAUGUCGGCGGUGCUCAACCGGAAUCGCUGCAGUUGUUACUUGAUAAAAACAGCGUCUUUCCUGAGGAACCGAACUGUUGUUCGUCGCAAUCAUCCAGCUCCUCGUCGUCACCAUGCUCGUCUUCGUCGUCGACUAACGUUUAGCCGGCCGGUGAGAGAUGUGUGACGGAGGAUGCAUUUACUACAAGGUUCAUCACUCUUGCCCGCGCUCAUUUUGCGCUGAUAUCGGCCAGAUAUAGGAAAUCAAUUACUAGCACAAGACACCUGCAGAUAACGGGAAAACACAUAUAUUUGCCAUAGUUAUAGUGCAUAAAAGUUGCCCCUAGCGUGUGUUGAGAUAAAAAGCGCUCAUCGACUGCUACCGUAAAUAUGCCGUGGAUAUACGAUGGAGAUGGUGAAUAUCUUUUGUGACGUAGUGCAAUUUUCUAACGGUUGUUAGCUGUUUGACAUUCAUUCCAAGGAUCGCUUGGUUGAAAAGAAAACUACGCUUUGGCCAACAUCUCAAGACUGCAUUUAGUAUCUGUUCAUUUGUUUUUUGCCUCAGACUGUCGUGCAGGUUUCUGCUCGUUUGAAACAGGUUAAACAGGAUUACUAUAAAAACCAGACAACUGGAAAGAAAGUGAGAAAGAGGAUCAAAAGAAUGUUUUCAAAAAUUUCAUUAUAUGCACGGAAAUGUGCUACCGCGGGCAAAUGGCGAAUAGAGUUACAAAAACGGUGGAAUCUUUAAAACCAAGGCGACUGCUUGACGGACGAAAACACUUCGUCUAAAGUUGAAUUGUGAAGCUGAGUGUAUGUAUAAUUGAAAGCAAAGUGGAAAAGGUAAAAUGGCAACAUACUGGAGUCACUCCAAACGUGUUACAGAUGUUCGGAGUCGGGUCGACGGGGGCGGUGGGGCUCGUGAAAAUUGUGUGCAUUUUCAUGUGUGUGCGUAUGUGUGGCACGUCGUGAAUAGAAAACAGCCGACAAAACUGUAAAGAAAUCUAAGAAAAUUAAAAUGAUACAAUAUUUUUAUAUGAAAUUAUUAGCAAAAAGUAGAUUGCGUGAUGUGAUAGGUGACGUGCGUUGGAUCGUUAAGAUGUAGCGCUAAAAGUGUAAAACGGAAGCAAUUUUAGUAAAAUGAUGUACAACAGAAAUGGACGUUGGAAUGCAGGGUGUGAAUGUAAUAAUUCUUUUAGGGUGUAAGUAUAUCUUUAAACUAAAACUCCAGCCUGGAUGUUCUCGGAAGAGACGAGUGGUGCAAAUUAUUGGAGAAAACCACGCAGUGGCACAGUGACAGUAGCAAUAUUUAGAAGCAUGUUGGCUAGAGAAAAUAUUAAAAUACUAUAUUUUAAAACAGAACUAUAAACCACAAACAGGAAUGGAAAUCAACGCGCAAGGCUCACCUAUCUUCUGAUUCCGAUUUGCAGCGCAGUAUUUUUUGCGGUACAUGGGCUUAGUCGACAAAAGAACAAAAUCCUAAACUACCAUGUUAUCAGGUAUCGAACGUUGUUCUAACGACGGCGCCUUGGGAACUUCCAUUUUUUAUUCACUAAAUCACCAGGGAUUUUAAUGAUAACGCCCAAUCGCCUCUCCUUUCAAAGGUGCGGCCAUUAAUUUCCAUUACCUUUCAAGCUUUUGACGCACAGUAAUCUCGACCAGCGGAAAAUACUUCUUAUACCGUAGACGCGUUUUAGCAUUUGGAUUUCAAAGUCGUGCAUUAAACGAUUUAUGGGUAGCUGUUUACAUUCAACACAGCUGUAUGAAAAAGGAGGAAACUUGUUUUUUGGUAGAUUCAAAAUUCACAUGAUUAUUUGUAAUGGUGCUCAUUUGUAAUACAUAUUUUUACGGGUGUCCCGUUGUUGAUGAUAAGUGAAAUUUCAAACUUGUCGAACGUGUAGACAAACCGAGUAGAAAUCUUACAUACGUUAAUCUGCAGAGAUAAUUUUAUGAGAUGGAAUAGAAAUGAAUGCUUUUAGUUCGGUUUGUGGAAAUCGCUAGAAGAAGUAGAUUCCUUCACUACUCUCAUGUAGCCUCUAGGGAACCAGUGUUUUAUCUUUAAAUUUUAAACUGAAAUAGGAAAUAUGUGGAGUAUUGCCCCGAAGAUUGUUUUGUGGACUCCCUUGGUGUAUCCUACUGAAACGAAACCUGUUCAAAAAUUCGUAAUAUUAUGAAAAACAUUUCGAAAUCGUAUUGUCUCCCUUAGUAAAGCAUUGUAAAGAAUAUCGGAUCGUUUGAAACACGUCGUGCGUGAAGUUUAGUGGAUUAUGUCGAAUUUGGAGUAUUUUGUUUCGCUCAGAGUAUUGCGUCUGUUUUGUUUUGUUGCAGUAAGCUUGAAGGUCACUAUUUGGAAGCAAUACGGGAACGAUUUCAAAACUAUGUUGCGUUCCUUGAGAUGAACUACAGAGAAACGUCUUCAGAUAUUUAUAACAAAAACAAACCUCACAACGAUAGACAACACAGUGCAUCAAACUCAUACAUAUCAUAUAAUAUAUUGGCAAACGGUGUUUAGCAUUCCUAAUACUCACACCAUCCAUGUCUUAUUUGGCCUGCCGGUCGGUCGGGCCGUUCAAAUAUUAUUUUGCCAAAUCAUCUUCCAGUAAACCUGCAUUUGUUAGAGUAUUGUCUAUAGCAUCCGAAGCUUCAGUUCCGCAUCAGAAAUGUUGGUCAGCUCCCUGAAAUUCAAUGCCCGAGACGUUAAAAUUUUAUGAAAUGUAAAAAAUCAUUACUACUUAGGAAAAAAUAUUAAUAUUAUCCACCAGCCUGCGUUACUUAGCAAACAAAGAAAACCCCCAAAGUCGACUGUUGGUUUUCACGAACAAAAGCGGCAAGUUAUAGCGUCACAGGUCGAAUGCGAGUGCUUAUUCUCAGUUAAAAAUAAA